CUAAUUAUCCAAAUGUGAGUUGUCUGGACUUUGUUUCUGUCUCCCAUUUCUGCACAGCGAAAUGAAUCAGAAACACUAAUUUUGUCAAAUUUUUGGAUGUUUGCUAAAAUCUUUGAAAAAUUAAAAUUAAACUAUGUAUAAAAUGAAAACCAUGUAUAAGAGUGUAGUUGGGCUCUUAAAGCACACAGGAAGAGAUAUGUCUUUGCCAGGUCUCCAUUAACCACAGUUUUGUUUGGGAAUGAGUGGGUAUUCCCCAUUUCUGGUCUUUCCAGGGUGGUUUGUUUCAUUGACAUUGAGGGCACUGGAGCAUGGCAUAGAGGAAAAUCUCUGCUCUUUAUCGAAGCUAUGUAAGCCACAGUUGGUCAGGAAUUCUUGUGAUAAAAAUAAGUAACAAAAAUGAAAAUAGCAGACUAGGUGUAAACUUAGAUCGUUGCAUGCUAGCUCCUUGUCCGUUCUCCAGGCCCCAGCCUAGCUCCUGUCUCUUGGGGAAAGCAUCUCCCCACUGCUGGGUAAAAACAACACCAAAUAGCAACUUUGUGCUUAGCAGUAAAGGAACACCUGGCUCUGAGGGCAGGCUGAGGAUUGCUUUGGUUACCUUUAUUUCGGGGUUCACAGGGGAUGGGCAGGGGUUACUCUGGGGGCCAUGUGGGUGCGUCUGUGUGUGGGUAACAUUUGUGUGAUAGACCCCCCCCCGACCAUAUGUCACUGGGGUGACGCUGCCCCCUGGGCCGCUCGCCCAGCGUGGGGCUCGCCGCUCGGGACAGGCCCGGCUUCGCUGAACCGAGCGCGCCCCCUGGCGGCCGCUCGCAUCCCGGCUGUCCGGGAGAGACGCCGCUCGGCCGCCCCCGGCCCGGCCCAGGCGAAGCGGUGGCCAUGAAAUCGGCCUUUGUCACCGUGGGGACGACCAGCUUCGAGGAGCUGAUCGCCGCGGUGACCACCCCGGAGACGCUCCAGGUCUUGCGGAGCCUCGGCUACGGCAGACUCGUCCUGCAGGUUGGCGGAGGGGCGGCGGCCCCGGCCCCGUUCCGCACGGCGGCGUUUACACUGGACGUGUUCCGGUUCAAGGAGUCGCUGGCUGAGGACCUUGAGAAAGCGGAUCUGGUGAUCAGCCACGCAGGUGCAGGCACUUGUUUGGAGACACUGGAAAAAGGAAAACCACUCUUGGUGGUUGUAAAUGAAAAGCUGAUGAACAAUCAUCAGCUAGAAUUAGCCAGGCAACUAUACAAAGAUGGACACCUCUUUUACUGCACUUGUAGACACGUCCAGCCUUCCUUCCCUUCCCUUCCCUUCCCUUCCUUCCCCCCUCCACCCCCCCGCCUCGGUGAUCUGCUCUCUGCUGUCCACUGCUCCCAGCAGAUGUUCUCCGGGCUGCCAAGGAAGGGAAAUGUGUUCCCCUCAUUUUUCUGCGUGGGAGCCAAGAAAUCUGUGGAAGAAGUAGGAGUUACCCCUCCCUCCUUUCCACCCCCCCCCCCCGAACCCGCCCCCGGUCGGAAGAUGCAGAAAGGCUGGAAGAAAUACUUCGGCCAGAAAUCCCUCAGCGAGGUCACCAUGGAUGAGUAUCUGGCCAGCCUGGGGCUGUACCGCAAGCUCACUGCUAAAGACGCCUCUUGUCUCUUUCGGGCUAUUUCCGAGCAGCUGUUUUCUUGUCAGAUUCAUCAUACGGAAGUCAGGAAGGCUUGUGUUUCGUUUAUGAGGGAAAACCAGCAUAACUUUGAGUCUUAUGUGGAAGGAUCAUUUGAAAAAUAUCUGGAACGGCUGGGAGAUCCAAAGGAAAGUGCUGGCCAAUUGGAAAUAAGUGCGCUCUCAUUGAUCUAUAAUCGAGACUUUAUUCUGUACCGGUACCCUGGAAAGCCACCUGCCUAUGCUACAAACAAUGGCUUUGAAGACAAGAUCUUGCUGUGUUGUUCCAGUAACGGCCAUUACGACUCUGUGUAUACAAAACAAUUUCAGGCAGAUGCUGCUGUUUGCCAGGCUGUCUUGUACGAGAUCCUGUACAAAGAUGUGUUUGACAUGGAUGAGGAGGAAUUGAGAACUGCAGUUGAGAUGUUUCGAAGUGGGGCCAAAAAGAACAGAAACAGUGCCUCUGUUGGAAGUGAGGAUGCAAACUUUGAUUGCCUUCCCGAGAAAGUGUCCAAAACUUCAUCUGAAAGGAGAGUGGAAGACUGGGAAGGCAAUGAUACUGACAACCCACCUGAAGAUAAACUCAAACAAGGCACUGAAGAGGCAAAGCCUCCAGAAAAUCCAUCAAAGAUGCCUUUUCCCUAUAAAGUGCUAAAAGCCCUGGACCCUGAGAUCUAUCGAAAUGUAGAAUUUGAUGUUUGGUUGGACAGCAGAAAAGAACUUCAAAAAACUGAUUACAUGGUGUUUGCUGGGAGACAGUACUAUUUAGGAGACAAAUGUCAGGUACGUCUGGAGCCUGUGGGUAAGUACUACAAUGCUCAUAUCCAGGAAGUUGGACAUGAUGGCAACAUGGUGACUGUGUUCAUUGAAGAGCUGGCAGAGAAACAUAUUGUUCCAUUGGCAAACUUAAAACCAGUGACACAAGUGACACCUGUCCCUGCGUGGAAUGUGGUUCCCAGUCGAAAAGGAGGAAACUAUCAGAAAAUAACAGGCGGCUAUGUUUCAGAAAUAGAAAUGGAUAUGAAAUCACGGAAGAGACUGUUUAAGAAAGUCCGUGGGAAGGAAGUUUACAUGACCAUGGCUUAUAGUAGGGGUCAGCCAGUUCUUCCACCCCGGCUACAGCACAAUGUUCCUUCAGGUCGCUCUUCUCCAAUUAAUUGCUCUCAAAGUUGUGGGAAUAUGGCAUCCUAUGAUCACUACCGUCCUCAGAAUUCUCCUCAGAGGCAUGGCAGGGGAUAUGGAAUGCCCAGGGGAUCUGCCCGAUUUAUAAACAGGAACAACAUGGUUGGCCCUCAAAUAGCAUUCUACCCCGGACCAGGGAAGAGAUGUUAUCAGAGCUAUGACAAUUUCUCCUAUAGGUCCCGUUCAUAUAGCCGUAGUCGCCGGCAGAUGCAGUGUGUCAAUAAGGAAUGUCAGUAUGGAUUUGUACCAGAGACUGGGGAGGAGCCUCAAGGUUUGGAAGAAACCAUAACUUUCUAUGAAAUUGAAGAAGGAGAUGAGGCUGCUUUUCCUGCUUUACCAAGUCAGGGUAGUCCUGCCCCAAUAGUCCCUGCCCCUGCAGGAUUCUGGGUAGCUAGAAGAGGCCCAAGCCCCAUUCCACCCAGCAAACAGACUCUGAAUUCCUCAGAGGAGGAAGUCGAUGAACCGAGUGAUAAUGGGGAAUUUCAUGAAGAAUAUAUGUACACCCCUUCAGAUCCAGACUGUGAAACUCCAACAGUAUUUAGUUCAGCAGAGACUACAGCAAACUUGGAUGGAGGGACAGGUUCUGUCUCACCUCAAGAUGGAGUUGCUUCAUACAACUAUUCCCAGAAGGUGAUGGUGAAUUCUGCAGUGAUCUCAACCUCCUCUUGUGUUAAUAAUGCUCCAACAACAGUCUUUUCCUCCAGCACAGCAGCAGCCACUCAAGCCAACGUUACCACCUCCAUUCCCCCACAGACUGCAGUGCAACCCAUCCUGGUGUCCCCUUCUUCUGCUGGAAGGCCAGUAGUGAUUCCGUCAAUGCCGUACCCAUAUCAUCCAGCUCCCCCUCCCCCUGUCAGCGAGGUGGGAGAUAGUGGCAGCAUUCCUCCGCCUUACUCCUGCGAUCCCAGCGGCAGUGAUCUACCUCGAGAUACAAAGGUAUUGCAGUAUUAUUUUAAUUUGGGAUUGCAGUAUUACCAUCAGAGCUAUUGGCAUUCCAUGGUGUACAUGCAACAGGUACCACCACCGUCACCUGUAGAAGCUUACUCAGCAUACACUGAGCCUGCCCCCAUGGUGGAUCAGUCAGUACCUCAGCUGUACACUGACACUGGGAGGAAUGAUGUCCGGCAAGUUCCCCUGGAAACAGCAAAUGGUACUUUCCAAAAUGUAGAGCCUCCACCUCCACCCCAUGGAACAGUAUAUUAUCCAGUAGCGACAGAUCCCUAUGGCCAGCCACCUCUACCUGGGUUUGACUCUUGCAUCUCUUUAGUACCUGCCUAUCAUUAUGUUAGCCCUUGGCAUCCCACAAAUCCAUCGUAUGGUAAUUCUUCACGGCUUCAUAAUACUGUAAAUCCUGGACAGUUGCAUCAAGUCAGCUAUGUUACCUCACCUAAUCCUGUAUCACAUUAUGUACCUCAGAGUAUGUAAGGCCAAGUGAUGUAAACCCACUUCUUGCACUAGAGUUUUCUUGUUUUCUCUGUUAGUAUUGUUUCAGUAGUGGAUUGUGUAGCUGUUUUGUUUCAUUUACAUGUUUCUCUUUUAGUUAAUGGUAAAAAUGUUUAAAACUUGAGUAUUGUUUUAUUAGAGUAUAUUGGAAAGUAAAACUAUUGUAUAGCAAAGAACCCUAAGCUUAUAUUCAACUGUACAUAAUAUAUAACCAUGCAAUUUGUCUUUCAUGCCAGUAUAUAUAAAUUAUCACUUACCUUCAUCAAUAAGUACAAUGUAUGGAGGAGUAACUCUUGCACAAGAGAACGGUGUAUCUUACAUAUUAUACCAGUUUGCCUGUAAUGGUAACCUACUUCAUUAUGUAAGCAGGAGAAAGGUUGGGUCCCAGUCCGUUGGAGGAAAGUAAAUACUGUUGAAAUAGGCUGCUUUUUCCAGUCCUGAACAAAACACAUCAGCCAGGUGUAUUCUCCAAUAGUAACUACUUAUUUGUAAUAGUUGCUCUUUCUCUGUUUAAUUUUGUUCAGUAUAGUCUUGAAGUGUUAGAAGGUGGGAGAGUGCUCGGCAUUGGCCUGUUCUACUGUAUCUAGUUGUAUUUGUGAGAGCCUUGGUUCGUGAAAGUCACCCUGCACAAAUGGUGGUAGAAGUGGUGUUUGACUUGCACUAAAUAAACAAAAAAGCAUCUAAC